UGCAAGUGUAUUUGUUUACCUAUGGUUUUAAAGGUUUUAAAUAAUAUUUAAUAUAAAAAGUUGCUUUUAUUUACUUCAAAUGGAUAUUCUUGAGUUGAAAGAUGUGAAAUCAGUUGCCGACAUAAUUCAUACGUACUCCGAAAAAAUUAAAGCAGAUUCAAUUCCACUCGUUAUCGACAACGGAUCCUAUAACUGUAGAGUUGGUUGGGCAACAGACAAAGAUCCACUCUUAAUAUUCAAGAAUCUCAUAGCAAAGCCCCGAAAAGAGCGAGGGAAAAAAGAUGGAGAAUUGCAAGUAGGAAAUGAGAUUGCAAAUAUCGAAGCUGUUAGAUUCCAGCUAAAAACUCAAUUUGACCGAAAUGUCGUAACUCAUUUCGAGGCGCAGGAACAAAUAUUUGAUUACACAUUUACCCACCUGGGUAUCGACACCAUUGGUUCUGUAAAUCAUCCCAUUAUUAUAACGGAAGCAUUUCUCAACCCAAAUUAUUCUAGAAACUGUAAGUUGAUGGCCGAGCUUUUAUUUGAAUGCUAUAAUGUACCCUCAAUUGCUUAUGGAGUAGAUUGUCUUUUUUCUUACCAUCACAAUAAUUGUGCUUCCGAUGGGCUAAUUGUCAGCAUUGGCUAUCACACGACUCACAUUAUUCCAGUAUUAGAUGGAAAAGUUGAUGCGGCAAAUUCAAGAAGAAUUAACGUUGGUGGUUAUCAUAUAACUUCCUACAUGCACAGAUUACUGCAAUUAAAAUACCCAGUUCAUGUGAAUGCCAUCAAUCCAAGUCGAGCUGAAGAGCUAAUACAUUAUCACUCGAAAAUCACACUUGACUAUCAAGAAGAGAUUUCUAAAUGGGCGGACCCAGAUUAUUAUGAUAUAAAUAUUUUAAGAGUUCAACUGCCCUAUGUUGCACCAACAAGCACUCCUGGUUUGACUGUCGAACAACAGAAAGAAAGAAAAAGAGAGCUUGCUCGCCGUCUCAUGGAAAUUAAUGCUAGAAAAAGGGAAGAGAGACUUGCAGAAGAUGAGGAACAACUCAACCAACUUUUAGCUGUUCAAGAUAUUUUAGAGGAAGGCGACGCGGAGGAAUUCGAGCAAGCCUUAAAGUCUUAUUCCCUUGCGAACGAAGCAGACUUGAUCAAAAUGAUCCACAAUCUCCAAGCAAAAGUCGAGAGGACUCGGCAAAAAAUAGUGGCUGCCAAUUCUCAAGAGGAAAAUAUUGUCAUAGAGGAAAAACCGAAAAUUAAGCAAAGUCUUCAGCCGAAAGACCAGCAAGAUUUUGACGAGUGGAUCACCGGCGUGAAAAAGAAAAGACAAGAUAUAUUAGAUAAACGCAUAGCAAAGCGACAACGAAGGCAAGAUAUGGCGAAACGCAGAACAGCAGCUGCGCAAGAAAGAAUGCGGAUCAUCAGCCAGUUAGCUAGGAAAGAAAAAAGAGAUGACGACUUUGGAAUGCGAGACGAAGACUGGGACGUUUACAAAGUUAUAAAUCGAGAGGGUGGUGAUUCUGACUCUGAACUUGAGCAGGAAAAAUUGAUAGAACUCGAGGACGUGCUUCGUCACCAUGACCCAGAAUUCGACGGAGCAGGAUCUAGCGUUCAACUGAUUCCAGGAGAAACUCAUCAGUUACAUGUGGGAAUUGAGCGUCUUCGAGCUCCGGAAUUAUUAUUUCAGCCCUCAAUGAUAGGCCUUGUCGAAGCUGGAAUUGCAGAAACGAUAGAAUUUGUUUUGAAACGAUACACUCCCGAGGUGCAAAUGAGGCUUACGAAUAAUAUUUUUUUAACUGGAGGACCUGCCUCUUACCCCGGAUUGCUGGAUCGACUGAAACGCGAGCUGAAGGAGAUAAGGCCCUUUGGCUCCAGUUUCCAAGUGAAUAUCGCUAAAAAUACGAGUUUGGAUGCCUGGUAUGGAGCUAGAGAUUUUGGUUUAAACGGUGACAUCAGUGAUUAUUUGGUAACUCGAAAAGAAUAUGAAGAGAAGGGGGGAGAAUAUUUUAAAGACCACUCUUCAAGUAAUGUUUUCAGUCCCUCUCCGGAUCCCUUGCCGAUGUUGCAGGUCCCGGCAAUUUCCGAACAGAUUGUUGUCGAGGAUGCUAUUGUAGAUGUGGAGAUUGAAUAAAUUGUUUUCAUGUGCAAUUCUUGUAA